UAUUAACCCUAACAUGACGUUAGAUGGCGCUCUAACCGUCUGCUAGAAAUCGGUCAAAAUGGCAGAACGCAUGGCGGUUAAUUUGGGCUCCAGGAUAUGGGGUCCAUACAAGGAGCUCUACCAUACGGUCUCCCUCAUCGUCUCCAAGAGAUGCCCGGAUCCUUACCAGGAGCUUGAUGCUAUCAUCAGAAAACACAAACCAGACUUUGUCGCCCUUCUUAAGAAUCCAGCAAAGAAUUCGCAACACAGAGAACAGAUCAAGAAAGCUGAUGUUGAUGGCGUCGUUAUUUCAGGCCAGGCUAGGAGUCGCGUGCUACCAAGGCAACUCAUUGAAGAGGCUCUUAUCAUCAGCGACCUAUUUGAUCUGAACGAGUAUGCAGCUGUGGAGCUACUUCUGGCAGGAGACCAACAGCAGCCUCAUUUUCCUGGCCUACCGCGUGGGCUAGUCGCUGUCCUUCUCUACUACGAUGGUCGAUGUAGCCUCAUCAACACCCUGCAGCUUCUGAUCCAGUCACGCCGUGGUCGUACAUGGACCUUUGACCUCGACGAUGAAGUCGUUGACCUCGUGACAUCAUUCACCAAUGACCUCGUCUCUGAGGGGCUGGUCAAGAAGGUGCUGGAGUUCCUGAAGAAGAUGGAUGUUGUCAAGGAGAUGAAUGACCUGGCUAAGGAAAGGGCCCUUGGAGGACCAAAGCACCGACAUGAUGUUCAGGAGUUUAUUCGUGGUGUCCGUUCCUCUCUCGCCGACUGCCUCUACUGCUUUGCCUGUCAGACACCCUUUGGGAGAAAGGACACCAUUCUUCUUGCCAAGCAUCUCAUGAAUGAGAUAGAGUUGAAUGCUAGUGGUAGUAUUGAUGAAUGCUCCAUAGCCCUUCUCAUGGCCUUCAUGUACAGCAUUGAUACAGGUGUAAUUGAACAGAGGCCUGAGGACAGAGAAGAGUUAGAGCAGCAGCUACCAAUCUUGAAGGAUAACCAGUAUCUUCCUGCAAUCCAUGACCUUAUGACCUCUGAAGACGAAGGUCAAUGGAAGGUCAAAGGGAUCAAGGGGGUCAUGCAGCUGGCCUGGGCGUUGACCCUGAGGAAUUCUGCUCAGCUACCAGAACUUUCACGAUUUCAAGAUCAGAUAGAAGAAGAUGAGAUCUUGGUUGAUAGAGCUCUUCAGACUGAUGUGUUCUCCUUCAUCAAUAAAUCUCUCAUCGCAAACAAAGUUUUCCAUCAAAAUGAAUUCUACAUCCGUCGAAUCCAUGGCCUCAUAACGGACUUCAUCUUUCAGAUGCCCCUGAAGGUGAAAGAGAUCCGUAACCGUGGCGAUGAAGCUGGUCGUCUAAUGAUGUCAUAUGAGAGGGAAGGUUUAGAAGUCAACCCAAACUUGCCAAGACACUUUGAAGACUUCUUGCACCUGUUUGGAUAUUUGUAUGAGAAGGAUCCUCUUGAUCUGGAGCUAUCCCUUGAUUACUGGAAUCCACCCGAGAGGGGAAAUAGCCCCGGAGGAGGGGGCGCAAGCUACAUCAGUAUCUACCAUCAUAAACAAUCACAGCGACAGGUGAGCCUGUUCAAGUUUGUCCGUAUGGCAGGCGAUCUCCUUCCCCCUUCACUCUACAUCCCAUAUCUACACAUGAUACAGGGUGUGUCAAACAGCCACCAGAGUGCCCAUCAUUGCUUCAACCUACUCAAAGCAAACGGAAUGGGAGGAGCUGGUGCAAGUGUGGGCAGUGUAUCAUGGGAUCACUUCUUCUUCUCUCUUAACCGCUACUACUCGUCCCUCCGGCAAGAGAUACGCUCAACCUCCCCUUUUCAGGAAGUGGGCCAGUCCGCCCAGUCAUUCAGGCUUGGGGCCAAGGGGAUCACUCCACAGGAGAUGGAGGGGUUGAUCAAUGUCCUCAAGCUUGUCCAAGUUGUUGCUAGAGAGAAUGAGGAUGCAAGAAUAGCGAUGGUAGAGAAUCAGUCAUGGCUGCCGACAGUUCUCCUCUUUGGUCUGUUAACAUGUAGCAUCCCUCCACCUCUCAAAGCAGAAUGCCUUAGAACAUUAGCGGUAUUUGCUCAGUCACCUGACAUAGCAGUAACCCUCUGGCAAUCGCUUGAAGUUUCUCAGAUCAUACCUACUGUUCCUCAAGCUGGUGUUACUCCCUCUGGAAUCCUCCUGGAGUUAGAGGAGAUCGAGUCCAACAACGAAGAGUACCCACUGACCCGUGGUUUCCUAGCCUUGGUGGAUGCCCUCACUGAGGUCCCUAUACCCGUCAUGUUAGGGGUUGGUUACAGACCUCCAGGUUUUGAUCCUUACCUCAAGUUUCUCAGGGAUUCUGUCUUCCUCAAGUUCCGCACCAGGGCAUAUCGCAACCCAGCAGAAAAGUGGGAAGUGGCAGCAGCUGUUACCAAGAUCCUCUGUAAGCUUCUAGCCAGCCAUGAGCCUCACCCGGAAGAGUUCCAAGACCACGUUGUAGAGAUUCAGGGAGGUGGAACGGCUAUCACCAACAAGCCUCCUGGACAUCAUCUCCUAGUUCAUAUGCUGAACGAUAGUUCCAUGCUUCAAUUGAUUCUAGGCAUCUUAGAUGAGAGCAUUCGCUUACUCUCGCAGUACCACACAUUCCCAGGCAAGGAGAGCAUGACAGAGUGCGCCCUCAACUGCUUGACUAUGCUGGACCUGGCCCUGGAGAAACAGGACAAGUUCAUUGACCUUUUGAGAGGUCAAGCAUCGAGUCUAAUGGUCACUCCACUUGACCAGUUACUGAUGGGUAUCAACCCACGUUCCGGCCGUGCUGACCAUCUCUGUCAUGUUGCCAAAUUUGUGAGUUUCAAUGUAUCCCUUCCCAAGCAUUCGCUGGCAGCUGUCAAGGUUCUGUAUCGAAUGGUCAAGUCUUCCAAUGUCCAACCCGAGAUUGUCAAUCUCUUCUCCAUCAAUAAGGAGGAAUCCAGUCGUAUUCUUCAUGGGUUUGUGGAGUGUCUUGAGGUGGAAGAUCUGGAAGUAACAGAGACUGAAGCUUUUCAAGAAGAAGAUGCUGACCAUGGCAGCGAUGAAUCAUCAAGACUUCACAGCCAAACACGUCUGUAUGCCAUGAGACUCCUCCUAUUUUCACUCGGCCAACCAGGACCUAACCUCGCACACUUCCUCCUUGGCUAUAACUCAAGGAAGCCAGUUAGCAAGACUGAACUACAAGACCCAGGUGUGCUCGGCUCCCCACGCACCUGCCUCCAUGCUGUCGUCUCGGUCCUAGAGCGCGGCAUCACGUCCCACUCUGGCCCGUCAGCUAUCCACAACACUCCUCAGCUAGCCGAGCUUGCCUACGAGCUGAUAUACCGUCUGUGUGCGAACCGUGAGACCAGCGCUCCGACCAUGCGCUACCUCCGCACCACUCAAGACUUCUUUUACAAGCAUCUCAGGCAUGCUCCAUUUACUAACAGCAAUGGAGAAGAGACAGAAGAGCGUAUCCUAUUGAAUCAGCAAGCAUGGCUUCUCAAGGCCGUAGCCAUCGAGCUCAGAUUGACGGCUGUCAAUCGUCAGAGGUCUCAUAGCCAACGUCUGCUACGUCUCCUCCUCGAAGACACAGCCUCACAGGUCAAUGAUGAUGUGGAUGGGUCGGUAGACUGGGACAGAGUUACAAUGGAAGCAAGUACACUAGGAACUAGCAUGGCACAGACCCAAGCCGAUACUAGAGGGGCAGGACUUCAGAUGAGAAGACGUAUCCUGCAGCUCCUGGACUCCGUUGAGUUCUGUCAAACCUUCCCUGCCCCGCUUCGUCUGGAGUCCUUCGAGCCAUCGGGUGUAGAACAGACCAUCUUAAACUGUGAAGAGAAGAAUGAAUAUGGUGUCCUGCUCUGUAAUCUAAGACUGCUUCAUCAUAUCCUCGUUGACCAACUCAAUCGACAUGGGGCAUCUGGGUCAGUCGUAGGUCAGAGGUCAAGGGUUGAGAUGGAGAUCAGGGAGAUUCUGAGGACUGCUGUCUCAAGGAACAGCGUAAGACGAUCGUUAGCUGCCAAGCGUCAUGGGUUUGAUGCCUGGCGUCAAGUUCUUGAGGUUCUGCUGACGUCUUUGCCUCAGGAAUCCCUUGCAUUGGAGAUUAGACAGAAAGUUACAGUGGAUAUCCUUCAAGAACUACUUCACAAGGUAAACCAAGAGGACUCUGCUUCUGAGCUGACCUCACCAGUCUCAGGAGCCUUCCUUCUCCUAGCCAUGACCCUACGACAGUGCUCCAUCUCAGACAAUGCCCAGUCGGUAGCUAAUCUCAUGUCCUCACAGUAUGUCAACAUCCUAGACGGAUCUAUGGUGCAGACAUUGGAUUCGUCAGUACUGAGUGGAGGGGAUACCGAUGGAAGAAGAGGAGGAGGGAUACAGAUUCCAGUUGUGUCAUUGACAGCGAUCCUCAAGGAGCUUCUCACUUUCAUACUUUCAACAGGUGGUGCCCAGCAGCGUGUCCGUACCAAUCUCUAUGGGGCUCUACUCAACUACCUUCAGAUCCCACAGAAACCCAAGGAGAUCCCCACCCUCCAGGCCUCUACGGCCAUGAACUCUGCCAUCCUGGAGGAAUACCACCGGGUCAUGACCGCCAACCUUGCCGUCAUCCAGGAGUUUGGAGAGCCAUUCUGUGAGCUCGUCUCCAGAGAUGCAUGCGAUGGGCAUGAACUAGGAAGGACGUUGGCGUUGUCCAUCAUUGAUGCCAUCAACUCCAUUGACAGACGAGGUCAUUGGCUGAGUAUCCUCAUAUCCAAGGGCUACUUGAGUCACUUUAUUGAAGAGCUACUUCGCAUGGAUCAAUCGUUACAGAGCUGUCUACAACCCAACCCAGAACCCAUGAAGGCACUCUACAUUUAUGAAUCUACUCUGUCCUUGUUGAUGAGAGUUGCUGAGAGUGCCAACGGUGCCCAAGCAUUACUACAGAUGGGUCUGAUGGAAAGACUAGGCCAGUGCAGGUUCAUAGAUCUGAGACCAGAACACCACACAAUCAGUAGUCACCCAAGGUUAGUUGAAGGCAUGGAAGCAAUUGCUGUGGAUUCUUUCCUUCCUGAUGUAAUGAGUCGCUAUCAUCAACUACUCUUCCCAGUUCUAAGGUUAUGCACAGCAAUUCUCACUUCCCUAGGCAGUCAACACAAGGAAGCUACCAAUCAGGUUCUCCACUUUGUAAUGGCUCAUGCUGACACCUUCACGGCGAUCUUACGGGAGCAACAUCAACGUCCUGAGAGAGAAUCGCUUGAAGAACUCUCUCUUGUGACAGGGGUUAUAUGCACAGUCAUGGGAGAAGUUGACUAUUUUGACCCAUCUUUGUUGGAGACGAGCGUCCACGCUCAGAUUCCGGUCCAGACCCACCUGACCCGGCUCCAUCGUCAGAUCCUUGCCUUGGUACCCAGGUACUGCAGCCUUGACCAGUGGCUCAAGGAGCUGAAGAGCGCUGAGGGGUGGCAGAGGGGUGCAGCAGAUAGACGGGGUACGGAGGAAGAGCACAGAAGGGAUGCCGAGACGGAAGGCAAAGGGAUGAAUGCGAGGUUGUUCUAUCUCGAGAUCGUGAGCCAUGUGAUUGGAUACUGUCGAACUGUGGUCGUUCGUUCAGGUACUAACGCUGAUGAAUAUCAGGUCAUCUUCACUCCAUCCCUUCAAGAGGCGGUAGCGCGAGACUACCAAAGACUAGAAGCCUCAGCGAUGGCUUCGCUUGAUGUCAGCAAACCUCCCGGUCUUGGCGUCAUCGUUAGACAUCUACAUCAGUCUGCUGCACAAUUCAUGGUUGCCAUGGAGAUGCAUCAACAGUCCGUUCACAAGCUUCAGAACAUUGCGGAUCUUCCAGCAGAGGAAUUGAAAGAGUUGUCACAUAGCGGCGUAGGCUCCCGAUCAACCACCCAGCAUCGUCUUCAAUUAGCGACACGAAGGCUCACUCAAGAUGUCCGUACUAGAGUCAAGGAACUAUCAAUACUUUUCUAUUCCAUAGAAUGUGAUGUCUUCUUAAUCUGGCGCCAUCUGGAGUACUAUUUCUUACAUUGUCAUCCUACUGGGGGUCCCUCAGCGCCCUUUUCGCUCUCCUUUGCUCUUCGUCAGCCACCAAGGAAUUUAGGAGAUCUUUCAAGUCCAUCACUAAACGUCACCCAGGAUGAGAGCCAAUCCCGCUUCCCGCCAGUCAGUCCUCAAGCUCUAGGUAUCACCCAAGAUGAUCUUAAGCAGCUACGUCUCGAUGCCACGAAGUGCCUCAACGAUCCGCUCCUGAAGCGCGUCCAGGAGAUCGAGUCUCGUUUCCAAGCGCAGCGUCGAUCCAAGCAUGCCUUCGUCGCGGCGUUGGUUCGGCGUAUCCGGCGUCUAGUCACGUUGGAUGCGCCUAGGUGAUUUAGGCUUUCAAGGAAACCUUCGAAGUGAUCAAAAGAUGGAUUACAUUCCAAGGUCCAUACUCUGAAGUCUGGUUUAACGUAGACCAUGGUCUAACUCUGUGCUAGAAUUAUGGGAAGCAUGUUUGCAUUGUAUGUUUCGUAUGUUUACUGACAUCUACCUUAUUUAUCCUUCCCAGACAGUUAGAAAUAUUUGACAGUUAAAUGAGCUGAUAAAUUGAACCUCUACAUUUGACUGUUAGAAAGGUUCUUUGACAUUUGCUCCGAGGAAAAUUGCUCCGAAGCAAAACAUAAAGCCUACAUGUAACCUCCUAAACUAAAUAAACCAAAAUACUUCUUUUUUUUAUACUUUAUUCUGAACCAAAAACUCUAUUAAAACCCUUACUCUUAACCCUAUGCCCUCUGAGUUAAUAAGACCUGAACAAAUGUUGCAGGAGUAUUAUGUCAUGUCAGUGUUCAAGAUUAAUGUCAGAACUGGCUCUCCAUAGUUGAACUACAACUUUAGACCAGGGCUCCAUAACAAAAAGGUUUGCAGUCAAUAGCUAAAUACCAAUGACCAAUGAAGAUCAUCGUUGCAUGCCCUUUCUGUUUAAAAUACUGACCAGGAACCAAUCAGUGCAGUUCUAUCAUAUUUGCAAUUCUUCGCAAACCUUUUUGUUACGGAGCCCAGAGUUUAAAUUUAAACCCAUCUUCAGAAUAUGGGCCCAAAUUUUGUCAUCUUUGGCUUACUAUUGUUGUGAUUGAUCAGAUCAAUCUCAACUGUUUGUAAGACAGGGCCCAGAUAUGAUAUUGUCUAACAUUAGCUUCUGUUUUUGUAAUAUAUCUUGAGAAUAAGUGAUACAAGACCAUGUAAUUUAACAGUAUUGUUAAGUCCUUUUGUAAAGAAUCUGUCUACGAUAGUGUGUUCUUUGUCAUGUAUAGAUGUUUAUAUCUGCCAAAGCCAAGCUUAAAGAUUUUGUUAACAAAAGAAAGUAAAAGAUUUAAAAUUUCAUUUGAAUAUUGGGGGAUGUAAAUUGACUGAAAUGAAAAGGAGUACAGAAUAUAAGAUUACUAGCAGGAGGGGGUCACAAGUAAUUUGCCCUGUAAAAGUUAGUGUUUGUGUAUAUUUUGUAAAUAUGUAUCCAGUCUUAUUCCAUGUACAAGCCAUGUUGUUUAAGUUGGCGUAUGACCACUACAGAGCUGCAUCUAUAAUUUGUGAAACUAGGAACAUUUAUUAAAUCUUGGGUGUGUUUCACAAAGGGUUAAGUAGUAUAAUAAUAAUAACGUCAUAUUUUACCCAGGGAAGCCACUUCAGUUCUGAAAACUGUUCUACCAGCAGGCCCUGCUUAACAUGAUAAUGUAAUUAUUACCCCGACUUUAGCACAGCUAGUAUAUGGCCAUCAGAUUCUUUACAAGUAUGACUAAGAGUCAUGCGGAAAUGCCCAUGUGCAAUCGUUUGCGGCACUUAAAAUCAUUGCAUUAAGAGUUAUAAAUGUUACAUAUUAUCAUUACUAUUAUGUCAUUUAACGCAUAAUUUGAUUGAUGGAUGUGCGAGUCCUGUGCACAUGAUCCUGACCAAUGCAAUGAUGCGUUAUAUACCGAACACAACUGAACUAUUUAAGUAUGACUCUAUUAAAGCCAGAAUUAAAUCUUUUUGAAACACCCCCAGGGGACCCUUUCAGUGCAGCAUGUUGCUUUGAUGGAAGACGAUAGGUGAAUAUUUCCAAGAAUCCAACUUGUAUAUACUGCUCUGAAUGAAAAUCCUCAAAAAUCUUAUUUGAUUCAAGCAUCUCCUACAACACCAGGAAAGCAUUACAUGAAAUAAUUAAUCGGUAAUAUUCACCGACUGUUCUUUACAAGGUGGCAGGUGCUACUGAAUUGAACCUCAAAAUGAAAAUAUACUUUUCAUUCUCAUUUUUAAGAAAUGAGCAAAAUGCGAUUUGCUCCAAUAUCUGAUCGUGGACCAGAUGAAAUGCGCCUUUAUUCAGAUUUCUUCUAAGGUCAAACAGGGAGGUGUUUCAUGAAAGUUGUCAGCGCUGACAAUUUCAGUGAAAUCCUUGGUUUUGAUUGACUGAGAGGCACUGGCCUCUGAAUGUUACUAUGGUAACUGUCGGAGAAAGUCAGCUUGUCAGUGCCGACAACUUUCAUGAACCGGUAUCCUGAUGUCCAGAAGAAGUCCCAGAAGAUUCAACUUGAGCAGACUUACCUGUAUGUACAGGUGUCUCCAGUUUGUUAAUUUGUUGACAUUUUGUAAAUAAUCAUGUUUUGUAGAACAAUGAGCAAGGAAAGCUUCUCAAUCUCCUUACCUGUCAAAACUAUCUCCUUUAAAAUGUAAUGAUUUUGUUUUGUUCAAAUGGUUAUAAUUUUUGAAUGAAUGAAAGUUGUUGCAUGAAAAUAAUAAAAUAUAAAGAUAUUUGUA